UAUAAACUUCUUCUUUACUAUUUAUUAUGGCUUCCUCGUCAAACAAUUUUCAUUAUCAUUAUAACUCUAAUAAUGAUGAUGAUUUUGACAAAUAUUAUCAAGACCUAUUUGAUAAUCAAGUAGAUGCGACAUUGGAAGAUAUACCGCCGGAAAGAAAAAAACGGACGUAUAUCGAAAGAAAUCGGGAAGAAGGCCACAAACGUUUGUGGAACGAUUAUUUUUCUGAUAAUCCUACUUACCCGGAUAGGCUAUUUCGAAGACGGUUUCGAAUGAACAAACCAUUGUUCCUCCGUAUUGCCAAUCGUCUCUCAGCAGAAGUUGAAUAUUUUCAACCAAAAAAAGAUGCAACAUUCCGAAAUGGUAUAUCACCCCUCUAAAAAUGUACUGCAGCAAUUUGACUUUUAGCAUACGAGGGUGGGGCAGACACUGUUGACGAAUAUAUACGUCUUGGUCAAACCACGGCUCGUAAGUGUUUGAAAAUUUUUGUCGUCGGAAUUGUUGACUUGUUUGGCGAUGAAUACCUAAGGCGCCCUACAGAAGAAGAUCUCGAAAGGCUACUUUAUAUUGGAGAACAACAGGGUUUUCCAGGGAUGGUAGAGAGCAUUGAUUGUAUGCAUUGGGGGUGGAAAAAUUGUCCAACCGCAUGGAAAGGUAUGUAUUCUCGAGGAACCGGAAAGCCAACUAUUGUUUUGGAGGCGGUUGCUUCACAAGAUCUCUGGAUAUGGCACGCGUUUUUUGGAGCACCAGGUACUUGUAAUGAUUUAAAUGUUCUUGAUCAAUCACCAGUAUUUAAUGACAUUAUACAAGGUCAAGCCCCUCAAGCAAACUACUAUGUCAACGGAAGGGAGUAUAACAUGACUUACUAUCUUACGGAUGGUAUUUAUCCCGACUGGGCGACAUUUAUUCAAUCCAUCCGACUACCACAAACCCCGAAACAUUAUUUGUUUGCAAAACUUCAAGAAUCUGCACGGAAAGAUGUUGAGCGUGCAUUUGGAGUCCUUCAAGCAAGAUUCGCCAUGGUUAAGAAUCCAUGUCUUCUCUGGGAAAAAGGAAAAAUCGCUUAUAUUAUCAGAGCAUGUCUCAUACUUCAUAAUAUGAUUGUUGAAGAUGAUCGACAUUCAUACACUCUCUUUGACGACCAAGAAUUCGAAGAAGAUGCCCCGGAUAUAACGUUUUCGAACAAUAAUGCUACAAAUCUCGACGGUAUAGGUGUUCGUCGCAGAAGAAUAUGUGAUAAACAAGCACAUCACCAAUUAAAAGAGGAUUUGAUUGAGAAUAUAUGGACGAAAUUUGGACAUCUUCCAAAUGAUUAA